UCUCUGUCGGUGUCUCUCCACCAGCAGCUCGCUCAGCAGCAGAAACAUCUGUCGCAGUCAGAGGUCGACAGAUGUCAGCUGAUCACACACGUUCAAACCGUACAGGACGUCAAACAAACCCUGCAGGGAGAGAUGGCGUGUCUGAGAGAAGAGCUAGAGGAAAUGACAGCCAGGAGAGAAAGGAGUGAGGAGGAGAGGGAGGUGCUGAAAGAGAAGAUGGAGAGACUGACAGAGGAGGUGGAGGAGCUGAGGAGAACAAGGAUGGAGGAGGAAGAGGAGAGAAAAAAGGAGAGAGCAGCCUGGCAAAGAGAAAGGGAGGCUCUGAAUGAGGACUUGGGGAUGAGGGAUGGAGAGGUGGAAGCACUGAGGAGGCGCAAAGAGGGAUUGACUGAGGAAAAGGAGGAGAGGCAGAGGGAGGUGGAGAGACUGACUGGGGAGUUGAUGGAGAGGACUAUGCAAAUCAGCCAGAUGAUGGAGAGAAUACAGCGAGCAGAGAGAGAGAGGGAGAACCUGGAGGAGGAGGUGAAGAAGACAGAGCUGAGUUUAAGAGAGGAGGAGGUGAGGAGGGAGGACAGGAGGAGAGAGGACGAGAGGCAGAAGGAGAGAGAGAUUGAGGCACUCUGUGACCGGAUGGAGAGAUUAGAGAGGGAGAAGGAGGAGAGAGAGGGGGAGGGGGAGAGAUGGAGGAUGAGAGUGGAGGAAGUGGAGGAGGAGAUCAGCACACUGAGAAAACGAGAGGAGGAAGAGAGGGGGACUGUUGAGCGACUGCUUGGCAGAGUGGAGGAGGUGAAGAGGGAGAGAGAGGAGGAGAGGAAAAAAAACGAGAGACUGAAAGAGGAGAAGGAGGAAGCUGUAGGAGGACUGUCGAAGAGGCUGAAGGAGAAUGUGGGGGAGAUGGAGCUUCUGAGGGUGAGGCUGAACGUGGCGAAGGAGGAGUAUGAGGAGGUGAAGGAGGAGGUGCAGCGGAGGGAGCGCAGCCUGGAGCGACAGAUGAACGCCGUGAGAGAGAGGGAGGAGGAAGUGGAGGAGCUGAAGGAGCGACUGAGGCUGUUGGAGGAGCAGGAGGAGGAGGGAGUGAGAGAGCAGGAGGAGGUGAAGGAGAAACUGAAGCUGAUGCAGGAGAGAGAGGAGCAGCUGGAGAUACUGCUGAGAGAAACCCAGGAUCUCCUGGAAGAGGAGAGAAGAGAGGGAGGAGAAAAAGAUGACAGGAUCUCCCUCUUGGUUAGAGAGCUGCAGGAGGCUCAGGCCGAGUCCGAUGGAGUGAAGAGAAGAGUAAGAGAGGACGAGGAGGUAAACGACAGGCUAGAGGAGGAGGUGAAGGAGUGGAGAGAGAAGGUCAAGCUGAGUACGACAGAGUCAACAAAGAUCAGCAGUCUUCUAAAAGAACGAGAGGAGGAGGUGCAGCAGCUGAGAGAGGAGAGAGAGGAGGAGAGGAAAGAAAAGGAGGAGGAGAGGAGAGAGAGAGAGGAAAGGAGAAGGAGGAUGGACAUCAAGCUGAUGGAGUUGGAGGAGGAGAAGAGGGGGCUGGAGGAGGAGCGAGAGCAAGAAAGGGAGGAGAAGAGGAGGCUGGAGGAGAAAGUGAAGGAGGUAAAGGAGGAGCAGGAGGAAGAGAGGGAAGAAAAGAGGAGGAUGGAGAACAGACUGAGGGUGAUGCAGGAGGAGAGAGAGGUCGAGGAGAAGGAGUUGUGGAGGGUGAAGGAGGAGAAGAGGAGACUUGAGGAUAAACUGAAAGAGAGGUUGAAAGAAAUGGAGUUACAGAGGGAGGUGCUGAGAAGUAAAGAAGAGGAGAAGAGGAAGCUAGAAGAUGAAGUGAAGAAGACCAAAGAGGAGCAAGGAGAAAAGAGAGAUCAGCACCUGCUGGUGGAGGAGCGAGGGAGGGCCAGAGUCAGAGAGCUAGAGGAGGAGAAGACAGGACUGAUGGUGGAGCUGAGGAAGAGAGAGAGGGAGGUGACAGCACUGAUGGAGGAGGUGAAAAGAGAACAAAGAGAGAAGAAGGAUGCACAAGAGGAGGUCCAGAGGGAGCAAAGAAGGAGUGAGGAGACCCUUGAUAAGUGGAGGCAGACGGAGGAAAUAGAGGAGGAACUGAGAAGGAGUGAAAGGGAGGUGUCUUUACUUACAGAGGAGGUCCAAGAAGCACAGAGGGAAAAGAAGGGGGUGCAGAAGGAACUAAUGAGGAGGAGAGAAGAGGUGACAGAUCUCAGAGAGGAGUUGCAGAGGGAGAGAGAUGGAGCACAGGAGGAGCUGAGGAGAAGGAGAGAGGAGGUAACUGGAGCACAAAGAGAGAAGGAGGAGUUAGAGGAAAAGCUGAAGAGGAUGGAGGGGGAGAUGAUGGCUCUGAGGGAGGAGGUGCAGAGGGAACAAAGAAAGAAUGAGGAAACCGAAGAGAAGCUGAGGCAGACGGAGGAAGUACAGGAGGAGCUGAGGAGGAGAGAGAGGCAGAUGUUUGUACUAAGAGAGGAGGUACAAGCGGAAGAGAGGGAGAAGAAGGGGGUGCAGAAGGAGCUUAUGAGGAGGAUGGAGGAGAUGACAGCUCUGAAGGAGGAGGUGAAAAGAGAACAAAGAAAGAAGGAGGAGACAGAGAAGAAUCUGCGGAGGACAGAUGAAGAGGUGAUAACUCUCGGAGAGGAGGUGCACAGGGAGCGGAGGAGGAGGGAGGAGGUGCAGGAGGAGCUGAGAGGAGCUCAGCAGAGUGUAGAGGUGAUGACGGAGAACCUGCGCUCCCUGCAGAGUCAGGUGUGUGACCUGAAUCGGAGCAAGGAGCGAUCUGAGCAGGAAGUGAAGGAGAAGGAGCAGGAGAGGCAGCAGAUGAAGGAGGGACUGAGGGAGGCGCUGGAGGAGAUGACCAAACUCAAAGUGCUCCUGCAGGAGAGCCACACAGAGGGAGAGCGACUGAGGACCGCUCUGAAGGACAAGAAAGAGGAGGUGGAGAACCUGAGGACGGUCAGAGAGGAGGUUGAGCGACAGAGGGAGGAGGUUGAGAAGGAAAGAGGACAGUUGGAGGAGCUGAGAGCAAGAACCAAGGCCCUGGAGAGGAGGAGGAGGGAGGUGAUAGAGGGGCUGGAGGAAGCUCUUCAUGCUAAGGAGAAGGCAGAGGAGUACAGGAGGGAGGCUGAGGAGUGUUGGAGGAGUAGAUUGGAGGAGAUGGAGGAGGAAAAGCGGGUGAAGCUGAGAGAAAUCCAGACGGUGAAGGAGAGACAUGAGGAGGUGGUGAAGGAGUGGACGGCCAGGAGGGAGGUGGAGGAGAGCAGGGCUGAGCUGAGACGGGUCAGAGCCACAGCGGCCAUGUUGGAGGAGGAGAGAGAUGGACAGGAGGAGGAGGAGCAGAUCACGUCUCUGCUGCAGGAGAAGAAGGAGGUGAAGAGGCUGCUGAGGCUCCGAGAAACUGAGGUGAAGAAAAGAAAAGUUUAGUUGCUGCUGAUGUUCAACGUCUCUGAUCA